GUAGGGGCCAAGGCACAUCUACCCCGGUUACUCGCGUUGGGAACUCGUGGGCGAGAGAUGAGACGAUUCGUGCUUGAUGGCUCCAUUUUGGGAUGCCACUUCUAGACGAGGGCAGCCGAGCUGGUGAAUAUUUCAUCUGGUGUCUCCCGCGCUGUCCAAGUCACGACUCUUGCGAGACACCCCCGUCUGUACGCUCGUAAACACCGUCGGCUAUCUUUGGCACCGUGUACUUUUCUUUCAUAUACACAGCUGGGCUGUCUUCGCUUCGAUUCUUUCUUCUUGCUACGCUCCUUGAACAGUCUCCUCCGUUUUCGCCUUACUCAGACCGUCACCAUGUAUCUCAAAGGCGCAUUGCUCUUCUCCCUUCUCGCCUCCUCCUUGGCGGCCCCAACCGCCAAUGGCGACCGGAAAGUCAAGCGAGGUGUCCUUACAGUCCAGGACUACUCGCAGUUCCAGGUCUCUGACGGCGUGGCUGGCAACGCCCUGGCCGAGGUGAACGCCAAGUUCCCUAUCGACCAGAGCGACCUCGCCUCGGUCGACCCUCAAGACCUUGCCAUCAUCAAAGCCGCCCGGGAGACCGCCGAGGCCGCCGAGACGGACGAGGGCGGGUUCAACGACGCCAUCAAGGCGGCCGGCGGCACCUCGACGGCCGCAGGCAAGGCGCUGCAGAACGGCAAGAUCAAGAACAAGGUGCUCAAGCUGCAGCUGGAGGUGCUGGCGCUGCAGAUCGAGGCGGCCCAGGGGGGCUCGAAUAACACCGCCAAGAUCGCCGAGGAGCAGAAGAAGCUGGACACCAACAUCAAGCUCGACCAGGCCGCGGCUGGGCAGCCGAGCCAGUCCGUGGAUUUCCAGGGGUCGGACCAGCCUUGAUUAAGUUAGCGGGCUACGGUAAUUGUGAAUAGGAGAGAGGUAGCGGACGAAUAUUCGACAAUAAUUGCGUCGAGCCUGUCUCGUUGAAGCAGGGAGUCCGCAGCCCGCUUCGCAGGCUAAUUGAUGACUUUUCAAUUCUCCGAGUCUA